GCAUGGGUUGGCGCCUGUAAGCCAAUAAGCUUGGGAGGCGUGACAGAAUGGGCAGUGGGAAGGCCUGGAGGAGCCUGUGGAGUAGCUUCCCAAGUAGUGAAGAAAUUUGGAUUCUGCGUGCGAUCGGAACUGUGCUGUGAUUAAAUUAGUCAGCUCUCAGAGACAGACAGCCUACCUCUCUUAUCCAGGCCUCAAAAGCCCCGUUGUGCACCCGUGGUGGCCUCUUCACCUUCCCUGUUUUGUCCUCCACUGCAUGGCCCAGACAUGAGUGGCCCCCUAGAAGGGGCUGAGGGGGGAGGAGACCCCAGGCCCGGAGAACCUUUCUGCCCUGGAGGAGUCCCAUCCCCUGGGGCCCCACAGCACCGGCCUUGUCCAGGCCCCAACCUGGCUGAUGACACUGAUGCAAACAGCAAUGGCUCAAGCGGCAAUGAAUCCAAUGGACAUGAGUCCAGGGGUGCAUCUCAGCGGAGUUCUCAUAGUUCUUCUUCUGGCAAUGGCAAGGACUCAGCCCUACUGGAGACCACUGAGAGCAGCAAGAGUACAAACUCUCAGAGCCCAUCCCCACCAAGUAGUUCCAUUGCCUAUAGCCUCCUGAGUGCAAGCUCAGAGCAGGACAACCCAUCUACCAGUGGCUGCAGUAGUGAACAGUCAGCUCGAGCCAGGACCCAGAAGGAACUCAUGACUGCACUUCGGGAGCUCAAACUUCGACUGCCACCAGAACGUCGGGGCAAGGGCCGAUCUGGGACCCUGGCCAACCUUAAGUAUGCCUUGGCAUGUGUCAAGCAGGUUCAGGCUAACCAGGAAUAUUAUCAGCAGUGGAGUCUGGAGGAGGGUGAGCCUUGUGCCAUGGACAUGUCUACUUACACCUUGGAGGAACUGGAGCAUAUCACAUCUGAAUAUACUCUUCGAAACCAGGAUACCUUUUCUGUGGCUGUGUCCUUCCUGACAGGCCGGAUUGUCUAUAUUUCGGAGCAGGCAGGUGUCCUGCUGCGUUGCAAGCGGGAUGUGUUUCGGGGUGCCCGCUUCUCAGAGCUCCUAGCUCCCCAGGAUGUGGGUGUCUUCUAUGGCUCAACUACACCAUCUCGACUGCCCACUUGGGGCACUGGGACCUCUGCAGGUUCAGGCCUCAAGGACUUCACCCAGGAAAAGUCUGUCUUCUGCCGAAUCAGAGGAGGUCCUGACCGGGAUCCAGGGCCUCGGUACCAGCCGUUCCGUCUAACUCCAUAUGUGACCAAGAUUCGGGUCUCAGAUGGGGCCCCUGCACAGCCAUGCUGCCUACUGAUUGCAGAGCGCAUCCACUCUGGUUAUGAAGCUCCCCGCAUCCCUCCUGACAAGAGGAUCUUUACCACGCGGCACACACCCAGCUGCCUCUUCCAGGAUGUGGAUGAAAGGGCUGCGCCACUGCUGGGUUACCUGCCCCAGGAUCUCCUGGGGGCUCCAGUACUCCUCUUUCUGCAUCCUGAGGACAGACCCCUUAUGCUGGCCAUUCAUAAGAAGAUUCUGCAGCUGGCAGGGCAGCCCUUUGACCACUCUCCUAUUCGCUUCUGUGCUCGGAAUGGGGAAUAUGUCACCAUGGACACCAGCUGGGCCGGCUUUGUCCACCCCUGGAGUCGCAAGGUGGCUUUCGUGUUGGGCCGCCAUAAAGUACGCACGGCACCCCUGAAUGAGGAUGUCUUCACUCCCCCGGCCCCCAGCCCGGCUCUGUCCCUGGACUCUGACAUACAGGAGCUCUUAGAGCAGAUCCAUCGACUACUGCUGCAGCCUGUGCACAGCUCCAGCCCUACAGGGCUCUGUGGAGUUGGUCCUCUGAUGUCUCCUGUUCCUCUACAUAGCCCUGGCUCCUCCAGUGAUAGCAAUGGGGGUGGGGCUGAGGGGCCUGGGCCUCCUGCUCCAGUGACUUUCCAGCAGAUCUGUAAGGAUGUGCAUCUGGUGAAGCACCAGGGACAGCAGCUCUUCAUUGAGUCCCGGGCCAAGCCUCCCCCUCGGCCCCGCCUCCUCGCUACAGGUACACCCAAGGCCAAAGGCCUUUCCUGCCAGUCCCCAAACCCCGAAAUGGAGGUGGCUCCUGCUCUUGACCAAGCCCCACUAGCAUUGGCCUCUGAGGAGCCAGAGAGGAAAGAAGCCUCCAGCUGUUCCUACCAGCAGAUCAAUUGCCUGGACAGCAUCCUCAGGUAUUUGGAAAGCUGCAACAUUCCCAGCACAACAAAGCGUAAAUGUGCCUCCUCCUCUUCCUGCACUGCUUCCUCAGCCUCUGAUGACGACAAGCAGAGGGCAGGCCCAGUUCCUGUCGGGGCCAAGAAAGAUCCGACGUCAGCAGUGCUGUCUGGGGAGGGGGCCACUCCUCGGAAGGAGCCAGUGGUGGGAGGCACCCUGAGCCCGCUCGCCCUGGCCAAUAAGGCAGAGAGCGUGGUGUCUGUCAUCAGUCAGUGUAGCUUCAGCUCCACCAUCGUCCAUGUAGGAGACAAGAAGCCCCCGGAGUCGGACAUCAUCAUGAUGGAGGACCUGCCUGGCCUAGCUCCUGGCCCAACCCCAAGUCCAGCCCCCAGCCCCACAGUAGCCCCCGACCCAGCCCCAGAUGCCUAUCGUCCAGUGGGUCUGACCAAGGCUGUGCUGUCCCUGCACACCCAAAAGGAAGAGCAAGCUUUCCUCAACCGCUUCAGAGACCUUGGCAGGCUUCGUGGACUUGACAACUCUUCUGUGGCCCCCUCAGCCCCUGGCGAGCGAGGCUGCCACCAUGGCCCCAUGCCCCCUGGUCGCCGACACCACUGCAGAUCUAAAGCAAAACGUUCUCGCCACCACCAGACCCCCCAGCCUGAAACUCCCUGCUAUGUCUCCCAUCCUUCACCUAUUCUUUCUUCUGGACCCUGGCAACCCCCACCAGCCACUACCCCCUUCCCAGCAAUGGUCCAGCCCUACCCGCUCCCAGUGUUCUCCCCUCGAGGAGGUCCACAGCCUCUUCCCCCUGCCCCCACAUCUGUGCCCCCUGCUACUUUCCCUUCUCUUUUGGUGACUCCAAUGGUGGCCUUGGUGCUCCCUAACUAUCUCUCCCAAACCCCACCUAGCUAUCCGUAUGGAGUAUCCCAGGCUCCUGCUGAGGGGCCACCUACUCCUGCUUCCCACUCACCUUCUCCGUCCCUGCCCCCACUGGCCCCCAGCCCCUCACACCGCCCAGACUCCCCACUGUUCAACUCGAGAUGCAGUUCCCCACUGCAGCUCAAUCUGCUGCAGCUUGAGGAGCCCCCCCGCACUGAGGGGGGUACUGCUGCAGGGGGCCCUGGAAGCAGUGCUGGGCCCCCGCCUCCCAGUGAGGAGGCUGCUGAGCCAGAGGCCUUCAUGGUAGAGGUAACCGAGUCCUCCAAUCAGGAUGCACUUUCAGGCUCCAGCGACUUGCUGGAGCUCCUACUACAAGAAGAUUCUCGCUCUGGAACAGGCUCUGCAGCUUCAGGCUCUCUGGGCUCUGGCUUGGGCUCUGGGUCUGGUUCAGGAUCCCAUGAAGGGGGGAGCACCUCAGCCAGCAUUACUCGCAGCAGCCAAAGCAGCCACACAAGCAAGUACUUUGGUAGCAUCGACUCUUCAGAGGCUGAGGCUGGCGCUGCUCAGGCCAGGACUGAGCCCGGGGACCAGGUCAUUAAGUAUGUGCUCCAGGAUCCUAUCUGGCUGCUCAUGGCCAAUGCUGACCAGCAUGUCAUGAUGACAUACCAGGUGCCCUCCAGGGACACAGCCUCUGUGCUGAAGCAAGACCGGGAGAGACUCCGGGCCAUGCAGAAGCAACAGCCACGGUUCUCAGAGGACCAGCGGCGGGAACUGGGUGCUGUGCACUCCUGGGUCCGGAAGGGCCAGCUGCCUCGGGCCCUUGAUGUGAUGGCCUGUGUGGACUGUGGUAGCAGCAUGCAAGAUCCUGGCCAUUCUCAUGACCCACUCUUCUCAGAACUGGGUAGAAUGGGGCUGGAGCCCAUGGAAGAGGGUGGAAACGCAUCCAGUCCAGCUUUACCUUCGGAAGAAAACGGCACCAGCUAGACUCCAUUUUGAGGCCACUUGCAGCAGACUAUGAGAGGCUUCUUUUUCAACCAUGUUGGGGUUCUUAGAACUCAAGAUAUGGCUGGCCAGCCCAGGGCCCAGGAGCUGCCUCUCGCCUCUUAGCAGAGAGUGGAAGUUUCCCACCCAGUUUGGAGGAUUGCCCGUUCCCACCCUGCUGAGGAGACCAUUCCUCACCCGGCUGACAAGCUGCUGACGUGGUCUCUCCAAAUCUCAGCUGAGCCUGAGUCCCUGUCGGAGGGUUGGGGCUGCACUUAUUUAUUGGGGGAGACAGCUCACUCUCCUGUCUCAUCCCAGAUGGGAGGAGGGGAGCCUGGGGUCAGUGUAGGACCCAGGGGUUUUGAACACCUAGCUGCUCCAGGGUGGGGGAGGUUGGUGGACCAUGGAGUCCCUGGUGCUGCCCCUCAGGUGGGACCCAGGUGUUCUCAGCUCUACCCUCUACCAAUGGCAUUUGUGUUUUUGAUAUUGUGUCUGUUAUUUUUUUAAUACAAAAUGAAAAACCAAAAAGUCCAA